AUGAUCUCAUCUUCUGUCGGGAUUAUAAAUACGUGCACGAUUGGGUGUGGGCACUGGUAGAGGAAGAUCAGGCAUGGUCCGACUUCCCGUGGGGCUCUUACUCAUUCCAGAUUUUGUGUCAUGGGAUGAGUGUGUUGAAGAAGCAUCCCAACGAGAUUACCGGUAAUAGGAAGACGUACCACUUCUAUGGGCCCAUAUGGGCAUUACAGAUUUGGUCGUACGAGGCCAUUCUGAGGUUGGGCCGCGCGUGUGGGAUGCGUGACACGAGGUUGCAGAUGCCACGAUUGGUGAACUGGACGACUUGGAAGUCGGCUUCUGACUUCACCCACUUUUUUGAUGCUCAUGAGGCUGAGUGUCACCGGACACUCGAACCGGUCGAGGAGGAGAAUGAUUCAUGGUAUUUGCAGACCCUGAGGCAUCCAGAGCCCUUUUCUGUACGAUACCAUCCCGGAGGGAAAUACGCUGGCUUGACAGAGCCAGUUGUACCGGAGCCGCCUCCUCCUGUUAGGCCUCCCCCUGUGCAGAGGAGUAUCUCACGAGCAGAGAGGACUCGUGAGAAGCAGCCUGUCCCUGUCCCGAGGAGUAGCUCACGGGCAGAGAGGGCUCGUGAGAAGCAGCCUGUCCCUGUCCAUGUCGAGCGACAUAGGCAGACGUAUGAGGAGCCAGGUGGCAGCCCGUCGAAGCGGCGCAGGUCAGAGGAGUUUGAUGAUCGCGAGCCUCAGGCAGACCGAGAUGAGGAUUAUUGGAGGCGACGCGAUGAGGACCUGAUUGCCCGUAUCACACAGGAGCAGAUCCGGACUGUGGUCCCAGAGAUGCGGCGCGAGAUACGUCGCGAGCUUGUAGACGACGACUCUGAGCAUGGACUGGUCGCCAAAAUUACGAAGAAGGUCAUAGCCGCUGUGAAGGACAUCUUUGGGAGACGUUCUUCUUCGAGGAGGCAUAGAUCAUCAUCCAGCCAUGCCAGUCGUCAUAGACAUGGGAGUGAGGAGUACGACCAGCCGAGCCCCAGUCGCAGACGGUCUACAUCUCACAUUCCUAGUCCUAGGCGAUCAGAGCGUGAGGAUCCACCUCAUGUUAGCCAUAGGCACUCAGUUGGAGACAUGGAUCCGCCUCGUGGCAGUCAGAGACGCUCAGAGCGUGGAGAGGAUCCACCCCGUGCGAGUCAGCGGCGAUCUGCCUCACGUCACAGUGAGAGGGAGGCAUCUAUGAGGCGAUCAGCCUCACAUCAUGGUGAGGGGCAGACAUCUUUGAGGCGAUCCGUACACGGUUGCGAGUUCUUCCUUGCACGGUUGCGUGCACGGUUUCGUGAAACUGUACACGGUUAG